AUGGCAGCAGCAGUGUCCCAACGCCUCGCCGGCAAAACAGUCCUCAUCACCGGUGCCUCAUCCGGCAUCGGACGGUCUUCAGCCUUUGAAUUCGCACGCACAUCUCCACAGAAUCUCAAACUGAUUCUGACCGCGCGCCGCAUUGACAGCCUCAACCAGAUCGCCGCCGACAUUGUCAAGGAAGUUGGUUCUGGGGUCAAAGUGUUGCCCGUUCAGCUCGAUGUUAGCAAUGCCGACGAGGUGCGGGCGUUUGUGGGUAAAUUGCCUGCAGAAUUCAAAGAGGUUGAUGUGCUAGUGAAUAAUGCUGGCCUAGUCCGAGGCGUCGCCAAAGCCCCCGAAAUCCUCGAAGAAGACAUGGACAUCAUGUUCAAAACCAACGUAACAGGGCUAAUCAACAUGACCCAAGCAAUUUUACCCAUCAUGCUAAAACGCAACAACGGCGCUGGAGCCGGCGACAUCAUCAACAUCGGAUCCAUCGCAGGCCGCGAGCCAUAUAUUGGCGGCGGAAUUUACUGUGCGACCAAGGCUGCCGUCCGAUCUUUUACGGAAAGUCUGCGCAAAGAGCUGAUUUCGAAGCGUGUCCGUGUUAUUAGCAUUGAUCCGGGUCAGGUUGAGACGGAGUUUUCGGUUGUGCGGUUCUAUGGGGAUAAAAGCAAAGCCGAUGCUGUUUACGCGGGCUGUGAGCCAUUGACACCAGAAGAUAUUGCCGAGACGAUUGUGUUUGUUGCUGGACGAAGGGAGAAUGUAGUCAUCGCCGACACGCUGCUCUUCCCAAAUCACCAGGCUAGUGCUACUAUCAUGCAUCGGAAAUAG